CACUUCGUCUUUUCCUUCCUUGCGUCUUCUUGGUCUCCUUCAUUGGUUCCAAACAUCAUCUCCUUUUCUCCCCCAUUUCCAUUUUCUAGUUCCACACAGGAGAGAGAGAGAGAGAGCCUCAAAGAGAGGACACCAUUCCAGCCUCCAGUCAGAAGAGAAAGAAGGAGCGGCGGCUUCAGUGGAACAGCACCAGAGUGGAGGACGACAGAGAAGCGAAUGGUGCUAGGGAAGGCUGGAGAAGAAGAGCUCGCCGCGGGUUCUGGUCCAAAGACGAAACACGAUGAGAAAAGGCUGCGUCAGUAUGUGGUGGAAGCCUCGAGUGAACGCCAGGCCAGGGGGAACAACAACGCCUCGCAUAGCCUCGAUUGGGCUCAACACGAGUGGCAACAACACUAAUAUCGUAUUGAUCAUUGGCUAAGUGCGUGGAAACAAAUGGCCCCAGACCUUUUUCGACUAUAUAUCUCUCGAAUCAUGUAAGAAGACAGCUAGCAGCGGCAAACAAUUUCGGACAGAAUUGCUUGGAUCGCUUGACUGCUUGUGCAAAAACAUUCACAAAUUGUGUCAUACAUUUGCUUCGAGGAAUACUCAUCGUCACUAUCUUUUCCAGCCUUCGAGUGAGAAAACUGGAUUUCCUAAGAAACGCUUGCAAAUUUUGAAUCUUGUUGCAGUUGUGUGCGAUAUUUGACUCGAGGCAAAUCUCAAAGAACGAGAAAGACGGUGGCAAAAUAUCAUUUUCCAUGGGGCUAAAAGCUUCCAGUCAUAACAAAAGUGCCCACAUUUGACGACAAAUACAUGCAUCAUGCGUGACACAACGAUCGUUCUUGACAAUCCGUGCACCAUUCCUCGCCUGCUUUUCUUCCUAUUUGUGCCCAUGUUCAUGGGCCAAACAUCGGCUGUGAUUGAUUUCUAUGUGGACGCAGAUCAAACCGAGCUUUUAUACGGAGUCAAGAGUGACGGCAUUUUUUACAUUCAGAAUGGAAUGGUCAAUCAUUACGCUAUGACCUUUCAGAACCAGAUUAUUCCUUAUCAAGUGAGCGCACUCGUCUUUCAUUGGAGGGCCACCCGACCCAAUGUUGGGUACAGCAUUCAUAUCAUCCAUUCGCCAGGAGCAGCCAUGAAUCGCCCCAAGUUGAAUAUCUCAAGUACAGGCGAGGUGCCAAUGAGAGAAAAUAGCCAAUUUGCUGUGAUCUUUCCAUGUACGGGGAAAGCCGAGGGCGAAAUUGACUUUCUACUGCAGAUUAAAUUCACCUUCAGUAAAGGACGAACGGAGACUUUAAACUUUAAGCGACGCAAGGCGUGCUUGGCAACGAAAAACUCGUCUACUUUGUCAGAUGUAAAAGAUCCGGGAGAAGUUCGAAAACAUCAUGACUUGGUCCCUCGAACCAAUGAAGGAACCCUUCCGUCUUCAAAAGGCAACACCAACAACUUUGACGGCCACAAAGGACGUGUUCCACCAGGUUCCUCUACCAUCUUGCUGCUUGGAGCUGUGGCUGGAGCGGUUUCCCUACUCUCGGUCCUUCUCACGGUGAUGUACGUGACACGCAAGAAACGCAUUCCACAGGGCCCAUUCGUUAGCUCGACAAUCAAUUUGCGCCCCAAUGAAGAAUUUCCCAAUUACUCAAAGCCGACGAAAGAUCAUCGGGCCAAAGCGAGCACCAUCAAUGGUCUUCUCCCUCCUGGUCAGCAAUACCGACUCCAUCGCUCACGGUUCGGUGGCAGCUAUGCCACUUUGGCAAGUUUCACUAAUGUCCCAGUUCACGCUCCGAUUCAUGUUCGAUCCAAGCACUUCUAUCAAGACGCUGUUGGGUCUCGAGGUCAAAAUUGGCGACAAUUUAGCCCACAAUGGUUGGAGCAAUACAACCAAACUAACGCGAAUAACGGCCCACCUCCGUUUUCGGUUUGGUCCUCCCAAACAACUUCCAUGUCCAGACCUUGGCGUAGUGGGUCACAGAGUACGCUUUUAAGCCAUUGUCAGGAAUUUCAUAACACACAAAAGGCAGUAACGCCUCUUACAACUUCCACAUCAACCUCAGGGGGCGGAGGCGGAUCAGCGGAGGGGACAGAAAGUUCGGGAAAACCGAAACAUUCCCAACAGAACGCACUAGUUCUCGAAAACGGCAUGCUCAGACUCUGUCCACAACAACCUCCCACAACUCAGGCCCAGGUGGAAGCCAAAGGCGACACUACAGAGCUCUGUAAAGACCAGGAGGAUGCCAACAAGAUCACCUCAGUCCCUAGGGACACAUCACCUUUCUACCAAAAUAUUCCACUGCCCAACCUAGACGAGAGAAGCUACGUCAAUGGAGGUGGAGCUUUUCUUCACCGAUCUCAUGAUAGUAUCUAUACAGAUCUUCUCCACCAGCAGGAUCCUUAUGUCAUGUACACCCCCCAAAUCUAUCCGCAUCUUAUGCCGCAGAAUUUUCUUCAGGCCCAAUGUCGAUUGCCGAGGUCAACGAGUGGAGGAUCGGUGUUGGUUUAACACCAAGACCCACUCAGACAGUAGGAAAGCUAUUGACUUGCUCCUUAUAGACAUUCGAAUACAUUCAGAUUCUAUUAUAGUUCCAUUCAAAGCUCUUGGUUCAGCCGAAGAAACCUAAUCCGCAUGAUGUGAAGAUACAAUGCUCUAAAACUCGAGAUUUGCAAACUAAGAAUGAAUAAAUUCUAAUA